AUGGGCAUCCAAGCAAUCGCGCGUCAAGAUUAUUUACAAAAUUCAGAGCCUUCCCAAUUAUCGUUUCAUACAGGUGAUACUAUUAUUGUUGUCAAUAUACUCGAAAAUGGUUGGUGUGAUGGCAUUUGCUCUCAGCGUCGAGGUUGGUUUCCUUUAUCAUACAUUGACAUUCUUGGAUUUCAAGGGCCAUCAUCCAAAAGGUCAUCAAUUUAUAGUGAACCAGGGUCUCUUAAUGAUUCAAAAAGCGUCCUAGAUUUUCCACCUCUUCCGGAGGACGAGUCCGUCAAGAAGAGCUCCCCUGCCAAGGAUAGUAAUUCCGUUUAUCAAGCGAUGCUUCGACCUCUCCUUCGUAAUGUCCUCGAGUAUGUAGCCCUCAUUCGCAAAUCCGUUUAUUUUCGUCAUCCCGAGGUGCUUCAAAACGCACUGGAUGCAGUACGUAAAGAAGCAUUGACUAUUCUCGUACGCCUUGGAAGCCUAGUCAACGAACAAUGUGCGCUUACAAAAGAGCUUUUGUAUAUAUUUUCCAUGUUGGAAAAACUUUUAGUACUUUCCAAGAGAAAGAAUAUGUAUAAGAACUCGUGUAUCCAAUUUACUCAACUUUUAAAAGCACUCGCUUGUGUUUUUGUAAAUUACGUGAAAAAGCAAAAGGAUCCAUCUUCCAAAAUAUCAAAAGAAGCUAAAGAUGUCUGCUUUUUGCCUUCAAGUCGAUCUUUAAUGUCUCCACCUUUUCAUCUACUUCAAGACAAGUCACUACCUUUAUGUACAACUACUUAUGUUGCAAUAAUUUCCCUUACUCAUCAGGCGAAUACUUCCUUAACUGCAACCCCUUUCUGGCAGGAAACGCAACCCCAGCAACUUGAGUCGAUUCUUCAAAGCAUAUCGAAAGGCAAGCGGUGCGCAAAAGAGUACUCGGAUAAUGUCCUUGACAGUUUUGGUGAUAUACUGAAAUCUUUAAAGCGUGUCCACUCGGCUUUCCAGAAAGUGGAUUAUACAGCGUUUGAUGUUUCGGUGCCUUCCAUCACAAUUCAUGAGAUUUACUUUACUUUGGAUACCUAUUCAACUAAAAUUAGUAAUCUAUUUGUGUCAGCUAUAGAGAUUGAGCAAGCAUUUGAUGAAGUUAUUAAUAAUAACGGCAACAUACAAACACUCACUCCUCACCUGCUACUUCUUGAAACGAAUAUGCAAGAAGUAAAAAAUAUUCUUCUUUAUCUUACAGAAAGAUUCCUGUUCCUCUCUUUUGAGCAUCGCUACCUAACCCGAUUUAUCAACGAGCUUGAAAGCGUAGAGAACAAGGAAUUAGAAAGCAUGGAUAUGGAUGAUAUUACUUGGUAUGAUUCCAAGGGAUUCGCCCAAUACAUAUUCAAACAAAAAGCCAUAAAGCCAAAAUCCAUGAGGAACUGGUUGUUUCUGUAUUGGUCAAACACCACGUUAUACAAUAAUGAUGGAAAAAUUAGGUUUGCUUCUCUUGCUUCUAUUUUGAACAAUAUUGUUCGGGUGGACAUUGAUAACACGCUAUUUAUAAGAAGUUUUCUUAGCACCCAUGCUAGUAUCAUUAGCUCGAGUGAUUUAUUCUCCAUUCUAUCUUCACAUUAUUUAUUCCACAGUCAAUCUAGAAACGUUACAGAUGGGACUGAUGCUACUGUCAUUAAUCGCAGUCGUAAAAAGAUCAUUGAUGUUAUUCUCACUUGGCUCGAAUCCUACUUUAUUGAAGGGCUGGGCAACGUACAUACUAUUUUAUUUUUGACGAAUGCCUACAAAUUCUGUGAAGAAUAUAUGGUACCUAGUUUCCCUCCUUCACUUGAAUUGUUGCAACAAAUCUCUAAAAUGUUAAAGAAUCCCUCUACGAAACUUGUUCGGCCAUUGAUGAAUAGUUUUGAAAUGCAAGAUCCUGAGGAUAAUACAGCAAUUUCCUGUCCUUUGAAUGAUAAUAAUGUUGAAGACAAUUCCCUUCUCCUCUUCCCUCCAGAUGAAAUUGCUAAGCAACUAUGUCUUAUCGAGUUCCGUACUUUUACGAACAUCCCUGCCAUUCACUUUCUCUCGAAAGUAUGGUCAAAUUUGAAAAACAUCGCUGCAGAGGAAUCAGGCACCGUUUAUUAUAUUUCAAAUCAGCUAGUGAACUUUGUUGCUGAAACUAUUGUGAGACAAAGAGACUUGCGAAAACGUACUCAUUAUUUAGGGUUUUUCAUUCAGGUUUCACACUGUCUUUUCAAAUACAACAACUUUGCUAGUUUAUUUUCUAUCAUUUCCGCUUUGAAUUCGGCUCCAGUUCAUCGUCUUAAAAAAACUUGGUCGAAUUUGAAUAGCAAAUAUUCAAUAUUAUUUGACACCCUGAAUUCUUUAACGAAUGCAAGCAAAAACUUUUCUCAAUACAGGGAAUGCUUAGAGCGUUGUUCAUUUCCAAGUGUUCCAUUUCUAGGUGUUUACUUUACCGAUUUGACAUUUCUUAAAUCAGGAAACAAGGAUACAAACAAAAACUUAAUUAAUUUCGAUAAACGCAUGAAAGCAGCCAAAAUUUUAAAUGAAAUUCAGCAGUUUCAAGCUGUUACUUACAAAUUUGACGCUAUGAAUGAUGUUCAAGAAUUGGUGCAUGAGCUGGUCUCAAAAGAACGAAACCCUGAUAUUAUUUAUGAUGAGUCUUUACUCUCGGAACCAAGAGAGACUGAAGAUCAAACGAUACGACGUUUACUUGUUGACUCUGGCAUUUUUUAA